AUGUCAUUUUAAAUAGCAUCCUCUGUCGUCCUUUCUGAAGAUGGGAAACUCUUAUGCUGGACAGCUGAAGACGACGCGCUUUGAAGAGGUCCUGCACAACUCCAUCGAGGCAUCCCUGCGGUCCAGCAGCCUGGUGCCCCGGCCGGUCUUCUCCCAGCUCUAUCUGGAAACAGAGCCGCAGCUCUCCGCCCUGGAAGGUGGUAGCCGAGUGGACAAUGAGGACGAGGAGGAAGAGGGAGAAGGGGGACUGGAGCCCAACUGUCCCCCAAAUCCCUACCAGAUGCACCCUCCACCUGAAGGCUGCUGUACCAUGGACGGGUUCUGCCAGGCGGGGAAGGACCUGCGUCUUGUCUCCAUUUCCAGUGAGCCCAUCGACGUCCCUGCAGGCUUUCUCCUCGUGGGGGCCAAGUCCCCCAGCCUGCCGGACCAUCUCCUGGUGUGUGCCGUUGACAAAAGGUUCUUGCCCGAUGAUAAUGGGCACAACGCUCUUCUUGGUUUCUCUGGGAAUUGUGUUGGCUGUGGAAAGAAAGGCUUCUGUUACUUCACAGAAUUUUCUAAUCACAUAAAUCUUAAGUUGACCACUCAGCCCAAGAAGCAGAAACACCUGAAGUAUUACCUGGUCCGCAAUGCACAAGGGACUCUCACCAAAGGACCUCUCAUUUGUUGGAAAGGCUCAGAGUUCAGAAGCCGGCAGACCUUGGCCAGUACUUGCUCGAGUUCCCUCUUCCCGCCCGCGGAGAGCUCUGGGCCUCUGGCUGCCUUCUCCAGUGAGCCCGUUCCUGGACCGACGCCGAGCAUCCCAAUGGGAGCCCAGCCUGCAGGACCAGCCUCUGAGCACCCCUCGCUAACGGCAGCCGUGGGUCCAGCUGUUCUCAACGGCAGAGAUUCCCCGAAGCACCAACAGCUGGUGAAGAACGACCUGUCGGCCAUGCCGCGGCCCUCGGCGCUAGGUAUCUUAUCAAACUCCGGGCCCCCCAAAAAACGCCACAAAGGGUGGUCUCCAGAAUCUCCAUCAGCUGCAGAUGGUGGCUACUCCCAGGGUGGUGGGAACAGAGCUAAGUAUGAGAGUGCAAGCAUGUCCUGCGUGCCCCAGGUUGGCUUGGUGGGACCAGCUUCGGUCACGUUUCCUGUCAUGGCCUCCGGAGAGCCGGUGUCCGUUCCUGACAACUUGCUGAAAAUAUGCAAGGCCAAGCCGGUGAUAUUUAAAGGCCACGGGAACUUCCCUUACCUCUGCGGGAACCUGAACGAUGUGGUCGUGAGCCCCCUCCUGUACGCAUGCUACCAGAACUCGCAGUCCAUCUCUCGGGCAUAUGAGCAGUAUGGGGCCUCCACCAUACAGCCCAUCUCAGAGGAGACACAACUCCUGCUCACCGUCUACUAUCUCGUGCAGCUGGCAGCCGACCAGGUGCCCCUGAUGGAGGACCUGGAGCAGAUCUUCCUGCGCUCGUGGCGCGAGUCGCACCUGACCGAGAUCCGGCAGUCCCAGCAGGUGCAGCCGCAGCGCUGCCCGCCCACGGCCGGUGCCGCGGCCCCGGUCAGCUCGGCGCAGCUGCCCUGGCUGGCCGGCCUGGCCGCUAGCUCCGGCAACAACAGCGUGCACAUCAUCGAGUGCACCUACUCCCUGGCCGAGGGCCUCUCGGAGAUGUUCCGGCUGCUCAUCGAGGGCAAGCUCGCCAAGACCCACUACGUGGUGAUCGUCCGCGCCUGCCGCAGCCCCGCCAUCGACUCCUGCGUCGCGGUCACCGGAAAAUACCAAGCCCGAAUUCUUUCCGAGAGCCUUCUCACCCCAGCGGAGUACCAGAAAGAAGUCAAUUAUGAGCUGGUUACGGGGAAAGUGGACUCCUUGGGGGCCUUUUUUAGCACCCUCUGUCCAGAGGGUGACAUUGACAUUUUGCUGGACAAAUUUCAUCAGGAAAAUCAAGGCCAUAUUCCGUCCUCACUUACUGCCUCCCCUGUCACCAAAUCAGCAUCCCUGGAUGUUGGCGGAGCUCCGGCAUGCACGAGUUACAGUCUGGAGCCCCACCACAUCCGGCCCUUCCAGCUGGCCGUGGCUCAGAAGCUCCUCUCCCAUGUGUGUUCAAUUGCGGAUUCCAGCACUCAAAAUUUGGACUUAGGAUCCUUUGAGAAGGUGGACUUUCUGAUUUGUAUUCCCCCCUCUGAAGUGACCUAUCAGCAGACCCUGUUCCGUGUCUGGCAUUCAGGGGUUUUACUGGAGCUUGGCUUGGAAAAGGAGCGCAUGACUAAGCAGAGGGUCGAACAGUAUGUUUUGAAACUUGAUGCCGAAGCGCAGACGAAAUUUAAGUCCUUUCUGCAAAACUCCUUUCAGAACCCACAUACGCUCUUUGUCCUAAUCCAUGACCAUGCCCACUGGGAUCUCGUGAGUAGCGCCGUUCAUAAUCUCUAUUCCCAAAGUGACCCGGCCGUGGGAUUGGUGGACAGAUUGCUCAAUUGCAGGGAGGUGAAGGAGGCCCCCAACAUCGUGACGCUCCACGUGACUUCCUUCCCUUAUGCGCUGCAGACGCAGCAUACCCUCAUCAGCCCUUACAACGAGAUCCACUGGCCUGCAUCAUACAGUAAUGGAGUGGACUUAUAUCCUGAGAAUAAGAAGUACUUCGGGUUGUCAGAGUUCAUUGAGUCCACCCUUUCGGGACACAGCCUCCCUUUGCUCAGAUACGACAGUUCCUUUGAGGCCAUGGUCACGGCAUUAGGAAAAAGGUUCCCCCGCCUGCACAGCGCGGUGAUCAGGACCUUUGUUCUCGUGCAGCACUAUGCGGCCGCCAUGAUGGCUGUGAGCGGCCUCUCGCAGAUGAAGGACUACACAUCGGUGGAGACGCUGGAGAUCACCCAGAACCUCAUCAACUCCCCCAAACAGUGCCCCUGCGGCCACGGGCUCAUGGUCCUGCUGCGGGUGCCCUGCUCGCCGCUGGCGGCCGUGGCCUAUGAGCGGCUAGCCCACGUGCGGGCUCGCCUGGCCCUGGAGGAGAACUUCGAGAUCAUCCUGGGCAAUCCCAGCUCUGGCAUCACUGUCGGGAAGCACUUCGUGAAGCAGCUCAAGAUGUGGCAGAAAAUUGAGGACGCGGAGUGGAGGCCUCAGACCUACCUGGAGUUGGAGGGCCUGCCGUGCAUCCUGAUCUUCAGUGGGAUGGACCCUCACGGGGAGUCCUUACCGAGGUCUCUGAGGUACUGCGACCUGCGUCUGAUAAACUCCUCCUGCUUGGUGAGAACAGCCCUGGAACAGGAGCUGGGCCUGGCUGCUUACUUCGUGAGCAAUGAGGUUCCGUUGGAGAAGGGGGCUCGGCACGAGCCCUUAGAGAGCGACGCGGAAAAGCUGAGCAGCACAGACAACGAGGAUGAGGAGCUGGUGACGGAAGGCUCCACUUCAGAGAAGAGGAGCCCGGUGAAGAGGGAGAGGUCCUGCUCCCACGAUUCGGUGUCUUCGUCCCUCUCCUCUAAAGCAUCCAGCUCGGCGCUGUGCGGCGAGUCCUCGGCUCAGCCCGGGCCACCGUCGCAGGGGGAGCGGGCCAGGUCGCCACAGCCCUGCGGCCCCUCGGAGGAGGGCAGGGUCCCCGGGGAGAGACAGAGGCCCCAAGCGAGCCGGGGGCCACCGUCGGUCAUCAGCAGGCACAGCCCUGGGCUGGCCCCCCAGCCGGACUCCGGCCUGAGAGCCAGCCAGAGGAGCGUCCAGGUGUCGGUCACCCCGUCGUCCUCCCAGCUCUCCUCUUCGGGCUCCUCCUCCUCGUCCGUGACCCCCGCGGCCGGCACGCUUGUCCUGCCGGCCUCCCAGUGCUCCAUGACCAAGGCCUGCCGGCAGCCCCCCAUCGUCUUCCUGCCCAAGCUGGUGUACGACAUGGUCACGGCCACCGACAGCAGCGGCCUGCCCAAGGCCGCCUCACUCCUGCCCUCCCACUCGGUCAUGUGGGCCAGCUCCUUCCGCCCCCUGCUCAGCAAGACGAUGACGUCCACAGAGCAGUCCCUCUACUACCGGCAGUGGACGGUGCCCCGGCCCAACCACAUGGACUACGGCAACCGCGCUGAGGGCCGCGUGGACGGCUUCCACCCGCGCAGGCUCCUGCUCAGCGGGCCCCCCCAGAUUGGGAAGACAGGUGCCUACCUGCAGUUCCUCAGUAUUUUGUCAAGAAUGCUCAUCCGGCUGACGGAAGUGGAUGUUUAUGAUGAAGAGGAGAUCAAUAUCAAUCUCAGAGAGGAAUCAGAUUGGCAUUACCUCCAGCUCAGUGACCCCUGGCCAGACCUGGAUCUGUUCAAGAAGUUGCCUUUUGACUACAUUAUUCAUGACCCGAAGUAUGAAGAUGCCAGUCUGAUUUGCUCCCACCUUCGGAGCGUAAAGAGCGAAGACGGGGGCCCGGCCCGGAAGCCCGAGGAGCUCUACGUGCGGCGUCAGACGGCGCGGAUGAGGCUGUCCAAGUACGCGGCGUACAACACAUACCACCACUGUGAACAAUGCCAGCAGUACAUGGGCUUUCACCCCCGCUACCAGCUCUAUGAGUCCACCCUGCACGCCUUUGCCUUCUCUUACUCCAUGCUAGGAGAGGAAAUCCAACUCCACUUCAUCAUCCCCAAGUCCAAGGAGCACCACUUUGUCUUCAGCCAACCCGGAGGCCAGCUGGAGAGCAUGCGGCUGCCCCUUGUCACAGACAAGAGUCACGAAUGUAUAAAAAGUCCGACAUUCACUCCAACCACUGGCCGUCACGAACAUGGACUCUUUAAUCUGUACCACGCUAUGGAUGGUGCCAGCCAUUUGCAUGUGCUGGUUGUCAAGGAGUAUGAAAUGGCUAUUUACAAGAAAUACUGGCCCAACCACAUCAUGCUGGUGCUCCCCAGUAUCUUCAACAGUGCUGGAGUUGGUGCUGCCCAUUUCCUGAUCAAGGAGCUGUCUUACCACAACCUGGAGCUGGAGCGGAACCGGCAGGAGGAGCUCGGGAUCAAGCCACAGGACAUCUGGCCUUUCAUCGUGAUCUCCGACGACUCCUGCGUGAUGUGGAACGUGGUGGACGUCGACUGUGGUGGGGAGAGAAGCAGGGAAUUUUCCUGGUCAGAAAGAAACGUGUCUUUGAAACACAUCGUGCAGCAUAUCGAGGCGUCCCCCAACAUCACCCACUACGCCCUGAUUGGCAUGCGGAAGUGGUCCAGCAAGACGGGGAGCGGUGAGGUGCGUGAGCCCUUCUCCCGCUGCCACGUGCACGACUUCAUCAUCCUGAACGUGGACCUGACCCAGAAUGUGCAGUACAACCAGAAUCGGUUCAUGUGUGACGAUGUGGACUUCAACCUGCGCGUGCACAGCGCUGGCCUCCUGCUCUGCCGAUUCAACCGCUUUAGUGUGAUGAAGAAGCAGAUUGCAGUGGGUGGGCAGAGGUCCUUCCACAUCACGUCCAAGGUGUCUGACAACCCCGUGCCCAUCGUGCCGGCCCAGUACAUCUGCGCCCCGGACAGCAAGCACACGUUCCUCGCGGCCCCCGCACAGCUGCUGCUGGAGAAGUUUCUGCAGCACCACAGCCACCGCUUCUUCCCGCUCUCCCUGAAGAACCACAGCCACCCUGUGCUCUCGGUCGACUGCUACCUUAACCUGGGAUCUCAGAUUUCUGUGUGCUAUGUGAGCUCCAGGCCCCACUCUCGAAACAUCAGCUGCUCUGACUUCAUAUUUAGUGGACUCCUGCUGUACCUCUGUGAUUCUUUUGUGGGAGCUAGCUUUUUGAAAAAGUUUCAUUUUCUGAAAGGUGCCACCCUGUGCGUCAUCUGCCAGGACCGGAACUCCCUGCGGCAGACGGUGGUCCGCCUCGAGCUGGAAGACGAGUGGCAGUUCCGGCUGAGGGACGAAUUCCAGACCGCCAACGCCAAGGAAGACCGGCCGCUCUUCUUUCUGACGGGGCGGCACAUCUGAGGGCGACAGCAGCAGGUUCUCUGCAAGAGUGGAGCCUUCAGAACCUCAUGUGCUUGAGGCUACAGGAGAUCUGAGAUCCCUGGGUGCUCGAACUGGAACGGCCCCGGCACUGCCGUGUGCUGCCCCCUCGUGCUGUGUGCUGGGAACCCUGGGCCGGGACGUGCACGGAGUCUUAGCGAGAGCAACGAGGAGGAGUUGGUGGUGAGCAGGAGCGCAAACCCAUGCCUGCCGGUUACCGGGCCAGACCACGUGGCCCUGGGCUCUGUUGAAGCUUGUUUCAUGAAGAACAAACUGUUGCCUGCUGUCAUGUCAUCCAUGUGCUUCCAUGGACAAACCUGACUUUUCUCUUAGUGCUAAAGGAUCGCUCUUGGAUUUUCUCACAGAGGUGCCAGUAUUUUGGGUGAAGGAUAGGAUUUUGGCUAUGUGGGUUUCCUUAUCACCUACUACAAAGCAAUAUUCCAGAAGAACAUUUUAAGUACAAAGGUUGGAGAUGGGAAGAAACUAAGGUCAUUUCCUAAGAAUUAUGUAAUUGCCUACAAGUUUGCUCUUCUAGAUUCUAGCCCAAAGGCAUCAACUCUAAUAAAGUAAAGCAAAUGGUUUUACGUCAGAGCACCUAUGAUUCUAUUAAAAUAAAAUAGUAUAGGGUCAAUACCCUACCUCUUAGAAAGGGCAAAAGUGAAAAGAAACUUUCUUUAAAACAAAAAGGGUUUCAGAAAGGAAAUUAGGGUUGCUGAGGUUGACCUGAAGAGACAGACUUUGCCUUACAAAGGGAAGAGGACCAAAUCGCUUGCUUUGAAACAACAAACACAACCAAAGUGACAUAGAAAAUAGUUGGUAAGAGCUAAACUUUUGACUGUAAUUUACUGAAGCUCAGUAUUUCGUUCCUUAAAUAGCUUGUUUUCUCUUAUGAGUUCUUGGCCCCAAUCAGAGUGGAAGGGGGCAGAGCAGAGAAGACAGCAGGAAUGUUCCAUGAUGCUCACCGGUCCAUUUGUCUGCCAGAAUGUGUAUCAAGCCAGCGCGUUAGAGUCUCCAACCACAGGCCACACGUUGGACCAUGUGCUUUUACAGUUAGGAUCCUGCUUAGUCCUUCCAACAGCCCGCGUGGGUGCAGUUAUUCUCCACUUGGAAGACGACAGGGUUCAGAUGCAGAGAGCAUAUACCUCUAUAAGAUCACAGUGCAGGAGAGGAGCAGAAGGAUGGACGAGUAGACUCCUGCAUCCUGGACCAGAGUCUGUCUUGCCCUGCACCACAGUGCUUUUGGAGUGUCCCUAACUGAAGAAAGAAUUUAAAGAUAUUUAGAAAUGAACCAUCAGAAGGCAUUCCGACACACCCAUCUCAGACAUUUAUAAGCACUCUAAUGGAUAACCGUCCAAGAAGAAAUUAUUUUAAAAGAUGAUGCCAAAGAGUUAAUCUUUUUUUUUCCCCUAAGGAAAAAAAAAAAGCCCACGAGUAUAAAAGAUUAGUUCAAUGUUUAUAAAACGAUCACUUUGUAUAUGCCAUUAUUCCUAUCUUGGAAUAAAAACUUACCUUCUUUAGUUAUAUUUGUCUUUUGUGAAUAGCAGCUUCUGUGCUACUCUUCCCAUUUUUUUAAUUUAAACUUGAAAAAAACCCCCAAAAUAUUCUUGUUUGUUCCAGCCUUAUAAA